AUGUCUUUACCGGUUCAGCCAUCGCCGACAAUUCUCCUUCCCCAGCUCCCUCCUAAGACCCUGGUCGGCAUUGACCUUAUAACCUUCACCUCCACCGCCAAAUUCCACGGAAUCAGAGACCUCCCAAGCGGAUGGCACUUCCUCUACACCGGCACGACGGAAAGUUUUUCCUUACGCUCCGGAGCAUGGUUCUACAUUGGCGAUAUCAACACCAUCGGAUACAGACACAAUGAAUCCGCGCUCGUACCACAUAAGGCAAAGAAUGACCGGAACAACGGAUCGGAGAUCUACAUCUGGAAAUGGAGCACCGACACCGAGUCCCUCACUUCAUUAAAAGAUGACAGUGACGCCGACUGCCAAGAAGCUAUGCGCCACAAAGCCAAUUUAGGCGCGAUCUGGCAGAGUGGAGGCUUGUUCCGGUAUCGAAGCCGCGUGUCCAAGUCUAUGGUCACCAAUGCAGAGGCAGCAAAAGAUGGAGAGCCAGCACAGCUAGAAUAUGACGAGGAAAGCGAGGAAAGCGGUCGCAAGGACUGGCGGCGUCUUACAGAUCGGAUAUCCCCCGAUAUAUUGACGCGAAUGAUUGGCAACCCGAAUUACGACGUUGAUGGGCACCCAAGAUGGAUGGUUACUUCUGCCAGUACGGCAAACCGCGAUGCCGAUCAUAUCCCUGGGCUUGAUCCGCAGAAGGUGGGAGCAGAUGGCGUCCCGGAAACUAUGGGAGAACAGGAACGGGAGUUUGGGUUUCUUCCUAUUGACCUGAAACAUACCUGGCGAGAGGGUGCUAUUGGGCGCGAAAGAACCGAGGCAGCCCAGGACCGGUCUUGGGCAUUGGGAGAUCUAAUGGAUCGAUUCUCUAGGUAUAAACAUCCCGUUACAGGGGAAAUAGUAUCCGAUCAGGAACUGGGAGAGGCGCAUGUGCUCGGAGAGUUACAAUUCACCUUCUUAAUGGUGUUAACCAUGAUGAACUACUCCUGUUUGCAACAGUGGAAGCGAUUGCUUGAGCUUGUCUUGACAUCUCGUGCGGCUAUUGUGGACAAAGAAGGUUUCAUGAGCGAAUUUGUGGCUUUGCUGCUGCGGCAACUGAAACGAUGUGACGAUGUUGAGGGUGGAUUGUUUGAGAUGGAUGGGGAUGAUGGCGGUGCGUUCCUUCGAGAUUUGCUAAAGAAAUUCCGUCGGUUCGUCUAUCAAGCCGUCGAAGAGGACAAAGCAUCUUUGGUUAAGAAGGAACUUACGAAGUUGGAGAGUUGGGUGAAGGAAGAGUAUGACUGGGAGUUAACACACGAGACCAUUGUCAAGCGUGGCAUGAUCCAACUGGAGGAUGGCGAAGAAGUCGAAAUAGACAUGGAUGACAAUGACGAGGACGAAGAAACUGGCGAGUACGCACCUAUGAUCGUCGAUUCAGAGGAAGCCACUCUCUAG